AUGGUCGAGGACACCCCGCCCGGAAUCUCCAUCCACGACAUUACUCCGCAGGUUCGCUCCUGCGUGGCCAAACAUUUUGCCAAUCGGAGGUCCCAUCAGCGGGAUGGUGUUGUACACCUCAUCUCGCGGCACACCACCACGGCUGUCACCAUAAAUGAAGAUGAGGCGCUACUCCGAAAGGACAUCGCAAAGUUCCUGCAGCACAUGGCUCCGCCAGAUGCAGAGUACAAACACAAUCAACUGGAGUUGCGCCCUGCAUCGGAGAAGGACCGCGCAGCCAUCGAACGCAAUUGGAUGUCGCAGGGCAAGGGCACGCUGGAAGAGUUCAUGGCGCAGGAGCCAAAGAAUGCUCACUCGCACCUUCUUGCCAUCACCAUUGGCCAGUCCGAGACCAUCCCAGUGGCGGGUGGAGAGCUGGCACUGGGACAGUGGCAGCCUCUUGGAUAUGCCAGUUUGCCCGACCGGGUUUGGACAUAUCUAGGCCUGGAGCGGCAAGUAGCAGCUGGGCUGGUCAUCAGAUCUCGAGUAAGACUGGGGUCAGGCUGGAAGCUAUUUGUGCUUGGAGCAACUCUCAGUCCUUAUCAGAGCAUGCAGUCGAGUCUCCACCUUUUCAGUGAAAUCACAUCGCUUAUCAGCUAUGGGCUGCGUCUCUUCCAUGUUGCAAGUAACAAGUAG